AGUCUUGUCAUUUACUCCAGUGUAGAAACAAGAGCUGCUUGAAUUUAAGUGGUCACAACUGAAUGCCGCGAAAUUGGGGGUGAGGUGCAUGCCAAGGAAAAAAUGUUAUGAAUACAAGAAAUUUGUUCCUAGAAGACGUGUCAGACGUUGAGCAAAUUAGUUAAUCCGCUGUCUUGUCACACGAGGGCAGCCUUGUUAACUAAAAAUGAAACGUAUUGAGAGGAAAUAAUUUAGUUUUUUUUUUCUCCCUCAGAGUUUACAGCUGCAUGAUCUUGAUUUAUUCUCGUGUAAGAGAUUUUGUAAGACUUGCUCUAUAAAAUUCGCAUUGAACGUAUAAUUAUAAAAACUUGGAGUAGGUUCCUUAAAAACGUGGGUCGUGUAGGUUUUUUUUUCCAUCUUGCACCGUUCGAGAUGCAUCAGAAAUCUUGUCCAAAUUCCGUGACGGACAGAACGAGCUCACUUGUGCUGAAAGUGGGACUACGUUUCUCUGGUAAUAAUCCGGCGAAGCUUUAAUGCGAUUUUCAAUUUUUUUCAGCCACAUGCGGAAGGAGACACGUUUUCUUUGCUGUCACAAUUCCACACCACCUCACGCGUCUCUCAUACUUAUUUACUUUUCGCUAUACUGCCUUUGAUCUUAAAUUGAUAUGUGGGUUGAGCAUAAUUCCAGGCCGCUCGUUAUUGGUUUUUUGCGUACGUUCGUCGAAGAAGUGGUCACGAUUCGGGAUUUCCCGAAUUUCUUAUGCUGCUUUUUGUCGUUGACAGUCGAGUUAACGCCUCAAGAGCAUAACACAUUACAUCUUCAAAGGACCAAAGAUUUGUAUCUCACGAAUAUGGAAAGAUUUCGUGAUCUGCAGUCGUAUACAACAUCAUAAGUGUAUACCCAGGUUUAAUCCGUUAACCUGGCUGACACUCCUGAAAAACAGCCGCUCUGGUUCGUGUAAAUCCAGCAUCGCGUCUCUCAAACCUAUCGCCAGUUGAAUUCAAGUAUGAAAGGCAAGCAGAAUUAUGUGUAAUAAUAUUCAACUUUGAACUGUAUGGAGACUACCUGCCAUGUAUACACUACGCAGACUGAAUAAUCUAGCGCAAUCUACCCUUUAUUAAAAAUAAAGGAUGCAAACAUUUGUUGAGGUGUUCUGAUAUUUUGAACAUGACAUAAUUUGUUUAGUUUAAUAGCUAAAUGCUGUAUUUAGUUUAACGGUGCAUAAUUUAAUUUGUAAUUGUAAUGCAUAAUAUAAUUUCAUUUAAUUAAUGACACUGAAAUUCUUGAUAAUGAUUACUCGUAAUAUAAUUUUUGUAUAACUCGGACAGGGAAACUGUUUUUUCUCCUGUUGAAUAUCUUGACUUUUUAAAGUGAAUAUUACUGGUAGAAUGAGAUUGCACUAUUAACCAAUGACUGACUCGUUUUAACUAGCAUGACUUACUUGUAAGGAUAAUGUGCAUGUAUGUUUGAAUGCCAGGCACUGUAUGUUGAGCUCGAGAUCUGUGUCCGUACCGUUGUAAGAGUUGUUUAGAGCCGCAAGUCCUGAAUACUGUUAACAUAACAUAACGAAUAGGCCUGUGUGUUUUCCUACCAGUGCACAUUUUGCAAAGUAUGUGGAUCUUGAGUGGAUGCAGUGUUUGUGGUUUUUAUAUUUUUGAAAGUGUGAUCUAGUGAAAACGGAAUAGGAUUAAGUGAGCGACUGAGGGAAUGACGCAUGCACGGAUCCCCGUUCGUUAUGAGCACAUGUAUUUAAGUGCGACGAAUUGAGCGGGUAUAAAGAGGGCAUAGGCUAAAAGUGCGGGUGGAAAGUGUUUUAGUCGGCGCGAACAGACACGGGAAAAUAGUGUGGCAGCGUAGUAGGUUCCGUCCUGCAUGAAAGGAGAGCGGUGGGAAAGGUAAAAACAUUAAGUGGGUUGGGAUUGGGUGGAUCAGAGCUAGUGUUCUCCUCUCAUCAUGUCGUCUGUCUCGGAGUGGUAUAUGGGGAAGAACGUGCUGAUCACAGGCGCUACGGGCUUUAUGGGGAAGGUGUUGGUGGAGAAGCUGCUGCGCUCCUGCCCUGGAGUGAAGGCCCUCUACCUGCUCGUCCGGCCCAAGGCUGGCCAGUCAAUGCAGGAGCGCGUCCACGACAUGCUGAAGUGUAAACUCUUUGACCGCGUGCGUGAGGAUAACCCAGAUUUUCAUCAGAAGAUUAUCCCCAUUAGCAGUGAGCUGAUGCAGUCUGGUCUGGCCCUCAGUCCAGCCGAUGUGGAGAAACUCAGCUCCUGCAUCAACAUCGUCUUCCACUGUGCUGCCACCGUUCGAUUUGAUGAGCCACUCAAACAUGCUCUGCAGCUGAACGUGAUUGCGACACAGCAGAUCCUAGCCCUGGCGCAGCGAAUGCAGCAUCUGUAUGCCUUUAUCCACAUCUCCACAGCCUAUGCCAACUGCAAUCGACGUCACAUCGAUGAGGUCAUCUACCCUCCACCCGUUGAGCCCAAGAAGCUCAUUGACUCACUUGAGUGGAUGGAUGAUGCCAUUGUUCGUGACAUCACGCCACGGCUGAUAGGUGACCGGCCCAACACCUACACCUACACCAAAGCAUUGGCGGAGUACGUGGUGCAGCAGGAGAGCGGGAGGCUGAACAUCGGCAUAAUCCGCCCCUCCAUCGUGGGAGCCAGCUGGCAGGAGCCCUUCCCAGGCUGGAUCGACAACUUCAAUGGGCCAAGUGGUGUCUUCAUUGCGGCUGGGAAAGGUAUCCUGCGGACCAUGAGGGCCAGUAACGAUGCAGUGGCAGAUUUGAUCCCAGUAGACAUGGUGAUCAACCUGACAUUGGCUGCAGGCUGGUACACAGCAGUGCACAGACCAAAAUCUGCCCUGGUCUACAACUGCACAACAGGAGGCAUUAACCCCUUCCACUGGGGAGAAAUUGAGCACCACGUGAUGUCCACGUUCAAGAGGAAUCCUCUGGAACAGGCAUUUCGUCGGCCCAACGCCAACAUCACCUCCAACUAUCUGAUCAACCAAUACUGGAUCCUGGUCAGCCACAAGUUCCCUGCCCUCAUCUAUGACCUCUUCCUGCGCCUGUCUGGCCAGAAACCCCAGAUGAUGAGGAUCUUUACCCGGCUGCACAAAGCCAUCGCCCUGUUGGAGUACUUCAGUAGUCAGGACUGGGAGUGGAACUCUGACAACAUGAACAUGCUGAUGAACCAGCUCAGUGCAGAAGAUAGGAGGACAUUUAACUUUGACGUGCAUCAGCUGAACUGGCCUGAGUACAUUGAGAACUACUGCAUUGGCACUAAGAAAUAUGUUCUGAAUGAGGACAUGUCUGACAUACCUGCAGCCAGACAGCACCUUCGCAAGUUGAGAAACAUCCGUUACACCUUUAACACUCUGCUGCUGGUGUUCAUCUGGCGUGUCUUCAUCGCUCGCUCUCAGAUGGCCAGAAACAUCUGGUACUUUGUCGUGAGUUUGUGCUUCAAGUUCCUGUCCUACUUCCGAGCCUCCAGCACCCUGACCAACUGAGGGCAGCGUUUCACCAGCUCCUCCCAACCUCAAGGAGAGAACGCAAAGGGCAGGAGACAGGGAGGGAGGUGUGUUCUAGCCAUUAAGCCCUGCCCCUUCACCACAGACGUCUCUUUAGCUAAUCUCACCAUCCAUGCCAGCAGUGCUCGUUCUGAUCACCCAGCUGUGAGAUGUACUCGUUUUUAGAGCCGUUUCUCCUUUUCUUAAAAAUGAAUGUUCUUAAAAGAAAGAUUAUAUAUGCAACAAGCCUGUUAGUCAGUGCUUUUUGUAUGAUUGUCUCAAAACAAGGCCUUGACAUUUUUAUUUAUUUAUUUUAUAUUUUUUUUAUGACAGCCAUGAUUUUAGACUUCUUGAAUCAUGACAGUGUUCUGUGCAAACAAAAGUAUGUACCAGAAUCUUAAUCAGUUGAAUAUGGAGGUUUUCAUGGCUGUUGUUCAGAAUGCUUUGCUAGAGAUGUCAGUGUUCUCUGUGUGUGUGUGUGUGUGUGUGUGUGUGUGUGUGUGUGUGUGUGUGUGUGUGUGUGUGUGUGUGUGUGUGUGUGUGUGUGUGCCUGUAACACUAUGAUGUGAUGUAAUGUGUCCUUGAGUAAGAGUUUUCCAGUGUAGUGUUGUCUCCAGUUCUCCAGAUCCUCUGGCCAUGGCUGCAGAGUAUCCCACCGUUCAUGUUCGGAUGGGGAGAAAAAUGCUGCCAGGUUUCAGAUAAACUUCAGCAUAGAAGCUUUGACUGUCAAGACAGACUAUGAGGGUAAAAUAGUGGUGGAGCAGUAAUGAUAAUUUUACAUCUAUUUUAACAUGUAUGUAAAUGCAGAACUCCCUACAUACCAUCAUCUUAUACAAGUUCCUCAUAGUUUUUUUUUGUUGUUGUUUGUUUGUCCAUUGUGCCCCUGUAUUGAAGCUUAUGUCUGGUGCAGUCAUAGAUGUGUGAUGACCCCUUUUCCCCGUGCUAGAAGUUGCCACUGGAUCAUGAAGUUUCCACACGCAUUCCAGUGCUGCUGUGGAAUAAGAAUUUAGUUACUUAAAGUGGCAAACAAAGUAAAACUACUGUCGUCAGCUCUCUUUGACAUUAUAGUUCACCAAUAUAAUUCAUUAUUUAGACAAAACCAUCACUUUAGAAAAAGUUCAGCUUACUGAGGUGUGUCAGAAGCAGAUAUGGGUCCUGGAAAGUGAGAUAUGGGAGGAUAUUUGUUGGCAGCCUCUGGCCACCUGAUAUGGCUAAGGUGUGGCCCACUUUGGUUUGGUCAGCAUCUACUUUCUCAUCCGAAUUAAUAGGUGGAUAUACAGCAUUAAACUGCAGGACAUUGUGCUGUUGCAGUAGGACUAAAGCGCUCAAUACGUCCUGUGAUAGCUUUCAUACUCUCUGCGGUUUUCUUUGUCGAGUACGUGUGACCAAUCACAAGCUUUGUUGCAUAGUGUAUUCCUCUGCAGAGUUCGCCCAGCUGCCAUGUGCACGACACCGCAAGCGAAGCCUCUGCACGACGUCUGUGGUUGUUCGUUUUCUCUGCAAUUACGUGACAUUGUUCACCGAAGCCAGACAAACGUUGUCUCCGCAAAAAGUAUGCUUAGGCCUUAUCAUAACCUUUCUGUUUUUAACAAGUACCAUUCAGAUUGUCCUUUUAGCUGUCUUCACUUUCUGUCUGUUCAUGACUUUUAAAUCUCUCUGGGGGUUAGCUGUGAGAACCUCAUGCUAGUGCUAAUUAUGUAGUCUAUAUCAGCAUUAAAUUGUGUGAGAGAUCUAUAUAUUGUUCAAAAUGCAUAUGUACCAAAAAUCAAAUCGUACAAAUGUAUAUUUAAGGGUUUGAGGUGAUGGUCUAUUGAUGGCAUAGCCGAAGGGCUUCCCUUUUUUCUCUUCUACCCCCUCUUUUGCAUGGGGGGGGGGUGCGCUGUUACAUAGUGUACUAUUCCUUUUCAUUAGUAAUACCCAAAUCCACUUCUAAGCAGGAAAAAAUCGCAUCAAGAACUAAGGCUGCAGGAAGCGCAGGUAGCUGUCCUCAUGCUUAAAGCUGCAUGAAGCAGAUGUGCAUGCAGAAUGGCUGGUGGUGGACUGAGAGCACCAGCUGUCGGCUUCAGCUGUUGAAGCAGCAUUACAGACCACUUCUUAUGGCUUCCAAUUCAUUUACUCAUAUCAGUUUUGCUCGCUGUCUGCCACAUUUCCUUUAUGAUCUGACAUUGUUCCAUUUAUUAGGAAAGUUGUGAGCUUUGAGGGUUUAUUGUUCUCCAGCAGAUAUCAAAUAUCUUCAUAAACAGAUGGCAUACAUAUUUGCAAUUUACAUGAAGCAGUGUUGAAGAUUAUAUUAAACACAUUGCAUUCAAGCUACUUGCACAAUUUGUAUGAGGAUUUGUUUUGUUAGCUUAGGAGUCAUUUACCCCAAAAGAGAUACUUAAAGUAUGAUGUGAUGUCCCUAAAUAACAAACCGAAUCCAGCAGGUGGAGCUUCAAAUAAUGGCCUGUUUACUCUUGCUUCAAGACUGCCCUCAAAUGGUGAAUUGCCAAAAAUGCAUUUUUAGAUUUUUGAUGAAAAAAGUUUGCUUUGAACAAAGUGUCUGUUUACCAUUGUCAAGUGGUUCUCUCUAAUGGUAUUCAUUACAAAAAAAAGUACACAGAUGCCAUAAGCAGUACAGAAUGGCCGGCUCCUCGUCUUCCUCGGUACUGUUAGUUUGUUCUGUUAAUCAAUGAUCUAAGUGGUUAC